AUGUUUGUUCCCUUGCCGGUGCCGUUAGUGUUUCAGAGAACCGCUCCUGACUUCAGCGCCUGGCGACUCAAGUCUCCGCUGCCUUUGCGCUCCGAGCCAGACGUUAAGAUGUCUAAAUCCGUAGAGGAUGACAGGAUGGGGACUGAGCUUCCAGUGGACAGUACAGACUCUGAGAGGAACAGUCCUGAGGCCAGUGAUCAGACCCAGCCAAUAAAAACAAGUCCUUUCUGCCUGUCUCCUGCCCCCAGCAACAUAAAGGUGAAAGCAGAGGAAGCCGUAGAGAUGGCCAGUGUUCACGCCCCUCCUUCUCCUCCGGCUCAGCCUGCUCUACCACACACACAACUUAUGUUGGCAGGCAGUCAGCUCGCUGGGCUGGCCGCUCUCCUUCCUGCACAGCAGCAGCUGUUACUGCAGCAGGCUCAGGCACAGCUGUUUGCUGCAGCGGUGCAGCAGUCCAACGCAGCGCAUGCCGCCCAUGUAGCUGCGGCGGCCAAUCAACAGCAGCAGACGCAACAGCAGCAGGCCAAUCAGGCAGCAGCACAAGCCCAGAUUCAAGCCAAACCUGAGCAAGCCCCGCCUCCACUUGCCAUAUCACAGCCUAUCCAGCUUACUGCCCAGGACAUUCAGCAGUUGUUGCAGCUACAGCAGUUGGUACUGAUGCCAGGCCAUCAUCUACAGUCUCCUGCUCAGUUCCUGCUGCCCCAAGCCCAGACUCAACAGGGCCAGCAAGGUUUGCUUUCAACACCAAAUUUGAUUCCACUACCUCAGCAAAGCCCAGGGAGUCUCCUGACCACCCCACCUAGACUGGGGCUCCAAGCACAGCAUCAUCCUGACGACAGGCUGUGGUCAUUGCAGAGGGAGAAGAGUAUGGAGAACACCGUGAGCUCCACCCCCUCCUCAGCCCCGCCCAUGAGCUCCAUUGCCACCAUGACCCCACAUGCAGAGGAGCCCAGUGAUCUGGAGGAGCUCGAACAGUUUGCACGAACCUUCAAACAAAGGAGAAUUAAACUGGGUUUCACACAGGGGGAUGUUGGUAUGGCGAUGGGGAAACUAUAUGGCAAUGACUUCAGCCAGACCACCAUCUCACGCUUCGAGGCUCUCAACCUCAGCUUCAAGAACAUGUGCAAGCUGAAACCCUUGCUAGAGAAAUGGCUGAGUGAUGCAGAAACCAUGGCAAUAGACAACAUGAUGCCGAGCCCCAGUUCACUGUCCUCGCCUCUGCUGGGCUUUGAAGGCUUGCCCGGACGCCGCCGGAAAAAACGCACCAGCAUUGAGACCAACGUCCGCAUAGCCCUUGAGCGCAACUUUAUCACGAACCAGAAGCCUACCUCUGAAGAAAUCCUGCUGAUGGCCGAGCAGCUCAACAUGGAGAAAGAGGUCAUCCGUGUCUGGUUUUGCAACCGACGGCAGAAAGAGAAACGUAUAAACCCGUCCAGCGCCACCCCUCCCCUGCCCACUCAAGCCCCUGUACCGACGCACAAACCUCCCUGCUACAGCCCACACAUGAUGUCCAGUCAGGGACUGGCCCAAGCUGCCACCAGUCUCAGCACAACAGCCGUCAGUCCCACACCUUCCGUGGCCUGCCCCCUCAACCCCAGUGGACAUGCAGCAAUGAGCUCCGCCCCUUCCUCUGUGACCCCGCCUCCUCUCAGCACAGUGAGCCCCAGCCCUCCCAAUCUCAGCAGCCCUGGCCUGAAUACAGGGAACACAAUGAUGGGUGUAAGCACAGGAAUGAACCAGGCCCUCCUCGGCAGCAACCCUCUGGCCACAAUGCAAGCCCUAGCUGCCAGUGGUGGCCAGAUACCCAUUUCCGCACUUGAGAGCAGUGGUCAAAUGUUCCUGGGUGGAGCUGGAGGUCCAGGAACUGGACUUCGACCAUCCCUCUUCCUAAACCUUCCCACUUUACUGCCCCUGGCAACGGGCGCAAGUAUGGGACUGGUCAGCACCUCCAGGGCUUCUCCUCCUCCUGGUGCAAGUGGUGUGAGCCCAGACUCAUGCUCCAUCUCCCCCUGCUCAAGCCCCGCCUCCUUCUGCUCAUUAGGCGAAGCCUCACCACCCCCUUUGGGUGGAGCUAUGGCUGAGUGA